AAUAUUUUCAGCGAAAUUCCCGCCAUUUGUGGACAAAAUUGAUAAGACAAAGUACUAUUCCAAAUUUCAAUGAUUAGGGAGGGUAAACGGGUCUAACAGUCAAGGAAACAAGGAGAUUUUAUUUAGUUACAUUCAAGGAACAACUGGCGAACCUCGAAUAAUGGCUAAAAUUAACAUCCUUAACGUUGUAGUGUUAGACAACCCUUCGCCAUUUGAGAACCCAUUCCAGUUUGAGAUCACUUUCGAGUGUCUCGAGGAACUAAACGAAGAUCUGGAAUGGAAGGUGGUGUAUGUUGGUUCUGCAGCAAAUCAAGAUUUUGACCAAGUGUUGGAUUCUGUCCUUGUAGGUCCUAUACCCAUGGGGAAACACAAGUUUGUGUUUCAGGCAGACCCACCAAAAACUGAAUUGAUCCCAGUAGCAGAUGCAGUUGGAGUGACAGCAGUUUUACUCACAUGUUCCUAUAAAUCAAAAGAAUUUAUAAGAGUUGGUUAUUAUGUCAAUAAUGAUUAUAUUGACCAAGAAGAUAAGGAAAAUCCACCACAGAAGCCAGACUUCUCCAAGAUGCAGAGGAACAUCCUAGCAGAAUGUCCACGAGUCACAAAGUUCAAGAUUGAUUGGGACGAUGAUGAUCCAUUAAAUCCAAGCAAAGCAGAAAACCCAGGAGAAGAAUCAGAAAAUGUGCCACCUCCAGUCAACUCCAUGCUCACAGAUUCCAAUCAGAUGCCAGUUGAACUGAAAGCACCCACAAACCAAGGGGCUUUAAAUGCAAAUAGCAAUGCCAUGGACACGAGUUAAAAUUUAUGAUCAGGCUUGAUUGAAAACAUAGGAUUCUGAGUAUUCUGGUUGAAGCUGAGCAGUAUAUAUUUAUAUUUACAAAUGAUGUGAACAUUUUGUAAAGAAGGAAGAAAGCUUGUACUGUUGCUGAAAGUAUUUAUUUGAGAGAUGUCUGAAGCUUCUACAGCUGACGGAGAAUGAGCAAAAUGAUACGUCCGGCCUGUGGGAUAUAAUAAGAUUAUAUUUAAAUAAAAAGAAAAGCUGAUCUGAUAUGUGCUAUGGUUCUUAUUUUUAAUGUCCUCUGACUUUAAAUUCGUUGCUUAUUUUAGAUCACAGAGUAUAAUCUUAUGUUAUGUCAAAAAGAGUGCAUCAAUUUAUUCAUUGUAAUGAAUUAUAUAAAGUUUCAUUUAUUAUA